CAGGUGGCGCAUACAUAAGUCGACAGCACAUUUUCGUAAUCUGUGUAAAUUUGUGCAUUGAUUAGUGGGGACUAGAGUCCUAGAAUAUAAUGUAUUUUAGGCGUCGUAUUGUCGGCAUCAAAUUUAAAUAUACGAUUAUAUAUGAAAUAGUAUUAGAUUAAUUAGAGUAUUUCUAAGUCAUGCUGUAAUGCCACGAAACGAAAAAAAUGAUUUUAGUGCUCGGAUGGAUCGGAGAUUAGCGUAUAGUCGCCAUCACUGCAUCGUAUCGUAUUGCGGACGAACAUUAGACCGGAUGAUUAUGAUAUAAUUACUACUCGCAAACAAUUUAUAGUUUGAGAAGGAAUAUUAUUGUGUCCCUCAACACAGCCGUACGAACACUCCAACUCGGUUGCACAUUAAUAUUGCUUCCUACAACUUAUUUUACAAGUUUAAAAAGUGUACAAGUCGUAGCAUAUUCAGAAUUAUGGCUAGUCCGGUCCUUAACACCACUAAUGGAUAUAAUUUUAAAGUCGUUUUACUUGGCGAGGGCUGCGUCGGCAAGACCUCGGUUGCACUUCGAUACGUUGAGGACAAGUUCAAUGAUAGACAUAUCAGUACACUGCAGGCAUCAUUUCUAAAUAAAAAAUUGAAUAUUAAUGGGAAAAGGGUGAACUUGGCAAUAUGGGAUACAGCUGGACAAGAAAAAUUUCAUGCAUUAGGUCCAAUUUAUUACAGAAUGUCUAAUGGUGCUAUUCUUGUUUAUGAUAUUACAGAUGAAGAUACAUUUCAAAAGGUGAAAAAUUGGGUGAAAGAACUGAAAAAGAUGUUAGGUAGCGAAAUAUGCUUAGCAAUAGCAGGUAAUAAAGUGGAUCUAGAGAAAGAUCGAAAUGUUGCUAUAGAAGAAGCAGAAGAAUAUGCCAAACAAGUGGGUGCUAUGCACUUUCACACAUCGGCCAAGUUAAAUCAGAAUGUUGAAGAAAUGUUCUUAGAUCUAACAAGACGCAUGAUGCAGCAUGCAGACGAGGCAGAACAGAAGUCUACUCUCACAAGGACUAAUAGUACACGUCGCAACGUCGUAGUGGUUGAAGACGAGAUGGAACAAAAUCAACCAACCAGAAGUUCCUGUUGCACCGGUGGUGGUAGUAAUAGUGGCGGCAGUGGUGGUAGUGGAAAAAGCAGUGGUGAUGGCAGUAACAGUGGUGGUUUUUCGUAGAUCUUUCAGUUUGAGUUAUAUUCAAGUUUAGACAAGGUCUAAUCAUAAUGAUUCAUCGAGUAUAUACAAGAUGAGGCAUUUUAGAGUGUGACAAAUUUUACUAUCUUCUAAAAAAUAUUUCUUGAGGUAUCUCUUAAUGUUGCACUACAAAUGCCUUACUUUUUGUGUACAUAUAGAUACAUUAUCCACGUAUGAAUGCACGUGUGUAUACGUAUGCUGAAUUAUACAGAUAUGAAAUCUAUUAUUUGAGAAAAAAAUUGUUGUAAAUUAAUUAGCUAAAUAUUAGCUAGUCACUAGACAAAAACUAUAUAACACAUUAACACGAAAUUUUCAAAGGAAAACUAGAGAAACCUUCGGCUUUUAUCCAAAAUAAUAAUUUAGAAUGAUUGUACAUAUUGAUGUUUGAUGUACGUUGGGUGAUUGAGCUGGAUAUUUCCUGACUAGAGUUUGGCAACACUAAAUUUGGAAAGAAAAUUGACAAGACUAUUGUGGACUGUUAUUGAAAACAGUCCAAAUUGUAUAUGAUCUAGAAUAUGUUCAAUUACAGUAGUAAGCAAAGCGUUACUAAUAGCGAAUUCGGUUGCUUGCACUGAGUGCGCACUAAGGCUCAUUCAUAGUAUGUUAAUAUAUUUAAAAAUUGUCUUAAAUUCUCAAAUAUUUUUAACCAGUAAUAUAUGUAUAACAUCCGUACGAAUCACUUUAUUUGCUAAAAUGUUUUUAAAUAUGUAUUUAAGACACGAUCUUAAAUAUAAGAAUGUACUGUAAACAAGACUUAACGCGCACUCAGUGCGCACUAGUGCAAGCUACCGAAUUCACUAUAAGUCAUAAGACGUGGAACUUCCUAUCACUAUUAUAUGCGAAGCUUAUGUAAUCAGUUAAAGCUCGCUUAUGAGACUUAAAGCUAAAUGCGGUUUCAAAAGUGAAUCGGUCGAACAAACUAAAAACUCGGAAUUUGGCUCACUAGCAUGUUUUCUAUCUUCAAAUAAAAUAUUUUUUGACGAAAAAUUUUUAUAAAAAAUGAUUAAAAUAUAUAUAUUUAUAAAAAAAUAUUUACAAAAGAGAUAUAAUAAUCGGGCUCUUUAUAGUUUUACAACCAUAAAACAAGAAAAAGACAAUAACAGUGCUCAUCGUAAAUAGUCCUCAAAACAAAAUACGUUUCAUCCGAAAUGUUUUUAAAUAGUGAGUACUUUUGGAGAUAAUGGCAUGAGAUUAAAAUAAUAUGUUUUGUAUAUACACAAAUAUAUGUAAUCAUAAUUAUUGUUAUAGUUAUAUAGAUUUCUACGUCACUCACGAGGUGCUAUUGCUGACAUCAUUUUGGAAACAGAAAAAAUAUGACUGUAAAAGAUAUUUUGUCUGUCAAAGAUACCGCAUGUAAAAAAUAACGAUGUAUAUAUUAUGUUUAUAUUGGAUUAGUUAAUAAUGGAAACCACUAAAAAAAAGCAUCAAUAAUAAUAUAUCAUAGGUGAUGUGGAAAAUUGCUUCAUAUAAUAAUUAUAAUUAUAUUUAUUAUUUACAUACGGAAUAUAAUAUUUUAAUCUUUUCACGCGAUUAUCUCCAGAAUUAUUCGCUAUUUAAAAACAUAUUUCAGGCGAAACUUACUCUAUUUUAAAAAAAAUUUAUCAUGAGCAUAAUAUUUUUUCUAUUCGCACAAAACGGGAACUGUUACAGCUUCUUUUUUAUUUCAUGAUUGUAAAUCUAAGGAGCCCCCGAUUAUUUUACUUUUUAUAAAUAUUUCUUUAUAAAUAUAAAUAAGUAUUUUAAUCAUUAUUUUUUAUGAGAGUUAUUUGCCAAAAUUAAGUUUUAUUUGGAAAUAGAAAAUGUGUUAGCGCGAUCAGAACUUCGCGCUUUUUAUAUCGACCGGUUCUUGACUUCGUUUUCCAAAGCCGUUUGAAUCUAACCUUAGUAAGCUUCAUUUCAGUGAGUUUCGCACACGGAUAAGCCAUGCAUGUAAUAGAGAUCAAGUAGUGGAAGAUCCUAUGGCCUAUGAUCUGGUAUUUCUGGUGAUAGAUCGAUUUAUUGUAGCUUCAAAUCUAUCAGAUUCUAAUCAGAUAGUUUUUACAUUGAGGAAGUGAAACACCUUUGCCGUGUGUGUGGGAAACUUAAAUUCAAAAUCCUAUAACUUUUUUUUUAUAUUUUAAUAUUUUAUUAUAAAAUAAAGUAUGAAUUUAUAUUAAAUAUAAAUAUGUAAAUUAGAAGACGAAAAUUGAAAUGAUGAAACAAUAGCAAUUUCUGUAUAACCUUUUUUUCUCUCUCUGUCUCUCACACACACACACAUGACACACACACGCGCGCGCGCGCGCGCGGUGAGUGUCUGAUAAUUUCUUGUAAACAUUUUUAAACGAGGAAAAGAAAAUAUAUUCUUAGUUUUCAA